AUGAGCAGCCGCACACGCUCCUCAGCUGGAAUUUCUAAGACAAAAAAGAGGGAUCCCAAAAAUGUCGCAGAUCCCCUUGUGCCUCCACCCCAAUCGCAGCAAGCUGCCGCUAAGGAGGCAAGUUCCAACCCUGAUGCUGUGCAGCCAACUGCUGCAGAGAGUACUGCCCCGACACAAGAUAAUCUCAGCCAGUGGAAGACUGCUUGGGCUCGAUAUCACGCUCUCCCCGCAACCAUCCAUGACCGCUAUAAGGGCACUGUAGCUGCCCCAGGCCCUGCAGCCUCAAAGGUAUCCUCCGGUGAAAAUGCUGCCCCAUCCACACAACUCAAUUGGAUGUGUCAAAAACCCAGGUUGUGGAAGAGGGUUACACUUCCAUCUGAACUAGCAAUUCCAACUUUCGAGUUCACUACAGCAGAUGUUUCUGCUGCUAAUGGAGAGGUCACGGAGCACCCUGCCACUGGCAGUAUGCUUAUCACUGGUCAUGGGUAUCAGCCGCGGCCAUGGCAAAACACCCUUAGGGUCACAACUCAAGAUGGUUUAUCCAUUAAUUGCCCAGGAUCAUGCAGUCUAACACCAGUUUCAAUGAGUGAUCGGUGCCCAUCUCCUGCUCUAACUUGUCUCAGUGCAAAGUUGGCAACAGGCAGUCGCCAACCAUCACCACUUAGUAUCACUGCUGGCCAUGAUGAUGACAGCGACGGUAGGAAUAGUAUCCCUGAGGGAUUAGCACAAGGCCCAGCCAGCGGCAGCGGCAGUGAUAUCGAGUUCAACAGUCCAGGCUCGGUCCUAUCUAGCCAAAUCGGUUCCCUCCAAUCCUGUGAGGAUGUCAAGGAGGAGAAACUGGUCCAUGUUGGCCAUACCAAGGCAGUCCUGAGGAAGAACACGAAGAAGGACCCCCUGCUAAACUCCAUUUUCGAACACAUACACACCGACUUCUACUUGCUUGCAAUAACAGAUGACCUCUUUAUAGAAAAUGUUGACUGUAAUAUGGUUGUUCAGAGACUUGCCCAAGACACGUUCCACAGAUCCGGAAUUCCACCGUUUGAGAUACAGGAUAGUAUGGUCGCUACUCUUGCCUGUGACAUUAAGUCAUGGAGGUCUAAACUCAAGAAACACCUUGUGAAUGUAGUUCCUUCCUUCUAUGGAGUGGGACCUGGUGUAGAUGGGAGUACUGUCCAAGAGAUUGUCAGGCUCUCACUCUCCAAUUCAAAUUUUGCCUUUCGCUCAUACAGUUCGGACCCCGGUAAUGUAAUCUGA